AUGGCUGGUUACAUUUCACUACUUCAAUGCUGGAUUUACGAGCACUUUCCAUCAGUCCACAGGUCUGUUGUUGACGAUGGUUAUGCUGAGGCUAGCCCACGUGCCUGUAGGUGGCUUAUGGGUAAGGCCCAGAUGACCGGGAUUAAGGGAGCCCCUUACAGAGCACGUAUUGAUGCCCUGACAGUGACUGACGUCUGUUGGAUGCCGUAUGCUGAGCAUCGGGGAGUUCGAGGCUAUGACUUGAUCUCCUCGUACACGGGGCAAGUCAGAUGGGGUCCGAUCAUCGUCUACCUUCGACCAGAGAGGGUGGUUCGGCAGAUGGGGUACAUUCAGACCGUUCCUCUGCCACCGAUUCGUGAUUCGUUGACAGGUACUGAUAUAGACGACCGAUGGGUACACUUUUCAGACCAUGUGGCGCCUACAGGGAAGCUCUGUGUAGUUCCUGGGCAGGUGGCCCCAGACUACAUAGAGUGGUUUUUUCAGAUUUCGCACCCCUUUGUGACGUCGACGGAGGACACUGCUGAGCCGAGACCUGCGCCUCCCCCUCCCACUGAUGAUGACUUCGUCGAGCCACCUGUCGCCGAGGUUCCAGUCGCGUCAGAUCCCCCUACGCAUUCUGUGGUUGAUUGCACAGCAUGUGUCAGGAUGGGAAGGAUUGCUGAGCAUUUGGAGCGCGUCAUCAACCUCAGGAUGGUGACUGCAGUGACUGACUUAUAUGAUAUCAUGGAUCUUUGCCUGAGGAUAGCUAGAGAUGACGACCCAGAUGACAGUCUUAGGCCGCGACAGAGACCCCGCAUAGAUUAG